AUGUCCCAACACAGCUCACCACCAAACAGCCUGAGGCAUAACUCAGCUCAAAACUUCAAUAACCAGCCUUCUACACCUGUUCCAGUCGAAGAACCAACAUCGGAAAACACAACAUCACCAUGCACCACCAGCAUUCCAUCUUCAAUAACGUACAGAUCGAUUCCUUUCAUCCCAGUCCUAAGCAAAAUUAUAACAUCAACUCUCCGGCCAGAUUUUCCAACAUUAAAAUUCGCGUACAGACCAAUCAAAACAACCAAGUGCCUACUCAAACAGAUCAAAGAUCCAGUACCCCCACAACUGCAAUCCAACGUUAUUUACAGUAUCCCCUGCUAUGAAUGUCCAAUGACAUAUAUUGGUAUGACCAGAAACCAGCUAAAAACGAGACUCAGCGGACAUCGAUCGAAUAUAAACAAAUAUACCAAUCUAAUUGACCACCCACCCCAAUACCAAAAAGAAGAAAUAGCCCAGUUAAGCGAAAAAACAGCACUCAUGCAACACAUCAUCAGUCACGGGCACAGCUUUGUUCUGGCGAACACGAAGAUCAUCGAUCGCUCACUCCGGACUUCGGCAUUACCACUGCUAGAGAUGUGUCACAUUGCAAACACACCUAACACAGCCAACCACCGCACCGAUGUACAGGGCCUCAACCAGUGCUGUAGUUGCGGUUAG